AUGACGCUCAACUGUGUGGAGGAAGCAUACUAUGUUGCUCAUCUAGGCCUCCACCCAGGGAUGCAGUUCUAUGCUUCAAGGUUCGGUCUUGCUAUUGCUGCCGAAGCAAUCACUGCGGCAGGAAAGUGUGCUACAUCCGAUGACGUAAAGAUCCUGAUUGAGCUAUUUCGUUCGGUUAUUCAAAAGGGUCGCUUUAGCCCAUUCUGGAAGAUGCCUAUUGUUCCCGUAUGCGAGGCACUCCUGCUAAACAUCUUAACCGGGAGGCUGCACGCCGAGUUCAUGCUCCACCUGCAAAGAGACCAGAGUAACCCUCUGUUGAAAACAGAGGAGAUAAAGUACCAAUUGUACGAGAAUGAUUUACGGUGGGUUUGUCCAGUUGAAGACAAGGACGCCACCCGUGAGCGUGCAAUGGAGGCCUUGCUGCAAGCUAAGGGUCUCUCCUGGUCAGAUGUAUCAGAUUCGAUGUGCUCUGUCCUUAGUCCAAGAACACCAGAUGGUUGGCUCUUGCAGCUGAACUAUUUGGAUGGCAAUCUGCCAUUUUCAACACUGAGAGGGUUUGAAUUCAAUAUUGGUUCUGAAAAUCCUUGCAUUAAACUGAAUGCCAUCCCUGCAAGAAGCGGCCAAAAGGGUCUUUUCUCAGCAGUAGACGUUCACACGGUGCUCCAAAUUCCAAAGAAGGAGCUGUUCCCCAUCGUUUUCAGUUUGGAUGCUCCCAGUGACUCGCAGCGCUUUCACCCAUUUCAACAGCUGCGAUUUGAGCCCUCUUCCCUCGAAAACACUGAUCUACUCCACACACUGCUGCAGACUGACUACCUCAUGAAGUGCUUCAGUGUUGGAUCGGACGUGUCUGCCAAGCCACCCUUCAAGCAACGAGAUUGUAGCGAAGGGCUUACCGCAAAUCUACCUCCCCAUUUGCAAAAGGUGCUCGCCCCUGUUGCAGAGAGGGGAAGCUGCAGAAACAAGACGAGUCGUUUCUGGAUCCAAGCAGACGAAAUACAAUACAACGUUACGCAGACUGGUCCAGUUGUGUACUGCCGCAUCGGAGCAGUGAAAAUGGCGGUUCGAACAUCACCUCAAUUUCCGGGCCUCGAUGGCAAACUACACGAUGUAGACGAUGAGGACCCUGAUAGCCCAGAAUCUCAGUUUGCCAAAGACCUCACAGAAAACUACGACGAAAUUUCAAAGUUUUUCCCGAUGUUUGGGCGACUUAGGGAACUGUGCAAGUUGCAAGUAUUUGGUAUUAUUCUGGGAGGGCUCCUUGAAGACAUGCAGAGCAAAGCAAACGGAGAGGGUAUUUCUAUUCCGCCUCGUGUUAUACGAGACAUCCAAGCAGAUGCUAGGAGAGAAAAUUAG